AUUCAGUCUGCCAUUGACAACCAGUCACAUUCUACGCAGACAUGGACCGCACAACUCUACUUACGUUUUGCUUGAUCUGCAUUAGCUCUGUUGCAGGUCGGGAGAAAAGACACAACAUCUACAAAUCUCUUUGGAAAGACAGUUUGGAUCAAGCGCAUCAGACACUGAACUUGGACUUCAUAAAGCGCAUGGAGGCGGGAGACCUGCCCGUGGAUCGCUAUGUCAACUUCACCAUUCAGGAUAUCUACUACCUUGACAAGGUGACGGACAUGCUGAAGAACAUGAGCACGUCUGUGAAGCAGCCCGAGGAUUUGAGGCAGUUCUUCCAGGGCAGGUACAGCAGCUACAAGCGCUACCAAGACAGUCUCCUCAGCAUCUUCUACCUUAAGGGUGUGUCUGACAUCAAACCAACUCCUGCCAUGAGAAAGUAUGUCUCGGACUACGAGAACGUCAUGCAGACCAAGGAGCCCAUCUACUUCGCCGUGUCUCUCCUCCCUUGCUCACGACUGUGGGUGUGGCUGGCGAACAAAGUAGACAUGGCGCCGUCCAACGCGUAUUACGCAUGGAAGAAAAACAACAUGGGAGGACAUCCGGAGAAACACUACAAAACGCUGCUCAACAAACAUCUCACUCUGAACAAUACAGAGGCCUACCGUAUAUUCCGCAUGCAGAUGCAGAAUGAACACCUUUUUUUUGCUUCUUCAUAAAAGGAAGGCCCCCCCCCCAGCUAAUUAUUUUACCAAGUAAUUUAGCAAUUUUACGUACAUGUAGCCUAUGCUUAUUUAUUGAGCCUUUGCCACUUUACCUAACUUUAUUUUGUUUUUGCUAUUCUGCAUAGGCCUACAUGAGCAUGUCACUUUUGAUUGACUGGUGAUUCCAUUUGGAAUGACUCUAUUCUUUGGUUGGUAUAUUUUGAUGAUAUAUUACGUUUUGUGUACAAUUGAAUUAAGCAAAUUUUGAUCACAGUGUUGAAUAAAACAAAUUUUACUUCACUACUGUACUUAACAUUCUGGGAGACUUUACACCUUGCUUGAGAUUUUAUUUUAUUCUACGUAGUCACUUUUACUUCCCUAUUUACCGUGCAUGCUCUAUUAUUGCAACUUGUCAUUACUCAGAUUGUAAAAUGCUGAAUAAACUGGAUAUAUGUUUUGAAGCACUAGUCCUGUUUAAGUUGGUGUGAGUUUGUAAUGUAGGAUAUGCAUUGAAGGUCUUUUGAAUGUGUGCUUUUCCAGGUUUUUAAACGCUGGAUAAAGUUUUAAACAUUAAAAACUGAAGACAGACUGCAUUUCAUUAUUAAUAUUAUUUACUUGUACUGUUACAUACAUUGUGCAUUACUGUAAUUAAGGUCAAGGCAUUCCACUCUACUAUAACCUUUAGUCAAAUAAUAAUAUAGGGAGAGAAAGAUACAUCAGGCUCGUUUUUUCCCAGAAUCCACGUGAUGUCGGGUGAAAGCCCCUUUAGGAGACCUUUGGUUAGCAGACCUUCGGGGUCUUGAGGUUGAGAAUAAAUGGAGUUCCCUUAGAUGGCGGUAGCACACUUCUUGCGCAAACACCACAAAAAGAGAAGAAGAAGGUGGGCACAGUGCCCACUUAGGAGACAGAAUUUGAGCACAUAGGGCCUACUUUUGCAUUGGAUGGGCUGAGUUCGGGAUAUCUUUCUCUAGCUAUAAAUAUCU